AUGGAGUACAAGGAAACUCCAUAUCGACUGGAAGAUCUUCUGACCAGCUUUUACAGGGUUGAGAAUAUCAAUAAAAUCAACUACGUGCAGUACAUUCCGAGUAAACCAGAUGCACAGUGGAGCAUACAAGCAGAGCUGGCGCUGCGCAAACACAACCCCAAAAUACUAGUAUCAUUGUUUUCGAGAGAGCUAUGGUGCUUCAGUAUAAACGAGGAAGAACUCCCAAAACUGAACCUGGACUUGCUAGGGAACCCGCCCUCACCUGAAAAAAUAGGCUACUUCACGCCCAACAUCUCGAAGCCUAACCUGCCUACUGCAUAUGCAGUGUUUUUGAAAGCUUUAAGACGGAAGAUCCACAUAAAUAUAUGCCUCAAGUCUCAUCAACGCAUCAUUCCCUUUGGAAACUCCUGUCUCUACAAUACCAAUGAAAAGACCAAUAAAGUUAUCCAUUUUGAGCCGCAAUUAUUUGAAAACGGCGAUCUUUGCAUUUCAAUAUGCACUAAGGAUGUGAACCUCCGAAGCUUCAAUACUAAAACAAUAAACGAAAACUUUAUGAAAUCAAAUGCAAUUUAUUUGGCGCCUUCAGGAAUCCGAGCUUACCUGGUAUCCUCCGACAUCAAGAAAUGUGUGUCACCCCCACCCAAAAGUGCCUCUGUUUUGCUUAUAACUUUGUUGGUAUCUCAUGGGAUUGAUUUGACUAAAAAGAAGGACAUAACAUGGGUCAAAGUAACGCCAAAUUUGGACCACCUAAACGGAUACACCCCAUCGAUAUCUGGCUACUUAGAUCCUCCAAAAGCGACGAAAACAGCGAUAUGGCCUCUUGAGCUUUGCUUUUCUCAGCUAGCCGACUCCUUAGUUUCCACUCAAACACCCCCUUCGCCACGCGUUCCGGACUUGCAAGGUACUUUUGACAUAAUCGAUGAUUUCAUUCAACUAAAGUUAACUUCCGCAUUCAAGUCUCCCGGAAACACAUGCACAGGAGCUAGCAUAGGUACAGCCACGGGAAAUGAGGCUUUGAGCACUGGCGGAACUUAUGGUGAACAAUACCAGGCUUUCCACAAGCGUUCGCAAAGCGGUAGUAUGUCCGCUGCUGGACCCGUGGGUUAUCAACUUGGAGCAAGACAGUCGCCAAGCAUCAACGCUGCCAAUUUAACCCCAGCAAACAACAAGCCAGCCUCACAUCCUCCUGAUGCUUAUAUUAAUGGAUUCUUGACAACUCCGAACAUCAACGAAAGCGUCGACGCGAACAACGACGACAUUAUGCUAGGUGUUUCUCCUCAAAAGUUGAGAAGUGAAUUAUGGAGCGAAAAGAAGGAUUCAGACGUCGGGUUCGGCCUCAAGCUUAACACGCCGGUAGAAAAUACUGAAAUUUCAACUGCUAGCGAAAAAGAUGAUGCUGACCUAGACGCGGAGCUAUUUGGAGAUGACAAUGCUGACGAUGAAGUACCGGGCAACAGCAACUUGAAAGGUGACGAAAACAAGCAAGUUGAGCAAGGAGUGAAGGACAUAACAGAUGAAAUGUUCGACAUGGCAGAUGAAAGCGACAGUCCUAAAGAUAAAUCAGAAGUUGCAAAACAGCCGGCAGUUCUUGAUUUAAGACGUUCACCCUUUAAACGAAAAUACCUUGACAUACCGCUCGAAGAAAUGACCCUUCCAAGCACCCCACUAUACACAGACCCGGGCGCACCCUUGCCAGUGGAAACACCGAAAGAUCGCAAAAAAAGUGUCUUUGCGCCGUUAAAUUUUAACCCGAUUAUUGAGUCAAAUGUUGAUAAUAAAUAUAAAAAUGGUGGAAAGUUUUCCUUUGAUGGCGGCAAAGUCGAAGAGUCUUUGAAGUUCGACGUGUCAACUGCAAACGUAUCAAGCUCUGAGGACGACGAGACUGGUAGUAGCGCAGAUGAAUUUGACGACAUGUUUACGGGGGGCGACAAUUUCAAAUCGACCGACGUUAAUGCUCCGACAACGGCCUUUGCUGCUGAGAGUCAAACCGGAAAUGUACCGGAGUUUGUACAACAAGAUACGCCCCCUUUACCGAUUUUUGACAAUUCUGUCAACAAUGAAAAGGCCAUUCGCGAUAACAGCUUGGAGAUGUGGAAGUUCUCUCGGGAUCAAUCGUCACAGGAUUUUGGCUCUCCAAAAACCCAUUCCAGCUCGAGCAGUGCAAGGCCUUCGCAAUUUCAAAUAGCAGGCAAUGGCUCCAACGAUCUUUUGAAACCUAAUAACACGAAUCCAUUACUCGAGCAAACAAGCAAAUCUUACCUUCCCAUCAAUGACAACAACGUUGACUCAACAAACGGUGUAGAUAAAGAAAUUGGAGAUUCGUUAUCACCUGAGUCUAUGCCAACUCCAGAAUCUUCAAACAGCCUGCCUUUCUUGCUCAGACACAUGCCACUUUUCUCAAUACCAGAUGCUUUUUUCCUUAACAACCCCUCCUUGGCUGCGAAUGAUGACAUUCCGAGCUUAUUAGACCUCUUAUGCGAGCAAAUCGUCUUUGACCAGGGAAAAAUGGGCGACUUAAAGUGCAGAACAGCUACGUAUAAUAAUUUUGAAGCGUGCAGCGAUGGUGUCGUCAAAACCACCAUCGAUGAUAUAUUUUCAAAAUUUCAGAGGCUUCAUGGUGGCGAGCUGAUUGAAGAAAUAAGCCCUAUUAGACAGCCGGCCGUCUACGUCAAGAAAAACGAUGAAGUGAUUAAAAUUAAGAGUGAUUCAGAACCCUUUUCCCAGUAUUUGCACCUCAAGCCUUACAAAGGCAUAAAAAGUUUCAAGGGUUUGUUUUUAACAACAAUCUUGAAGAAUGACUGCCUUGAAUUCCUGUCAACAAUGUCUCAAAUUUACUCAAGUCAUGAAUUGGGAUUUUGUGAGUUAGUAAAGCUCACUUCAGCUGAUACCCCAGGUCUCAUAUACCUCGUGAACUUAGAAGAGAGUACACUAUCGCUACUUUCCGCCCAAAUUGUAUCAUACUGCUCGACUAACACUUUGAACACAAUGUCAGUUCCGCUAGUUGUUUUCCUACCAAUCAUGAGUUCAAACCUCUCGGAAGUAGUUGCAAUGACGCUCAAAUUCCAAUUUAUUAAAAAUGAGAUUCUGUCAAAAUUACCAAGCGUAAAGCUUUGUCUGAAGCUCAUUCCGCUCGACUUCGUCAAGGACCCUCUAACUUCCAUUGAGGAGUAUUACGACUUUUGUGUUGGAAUUUAUAACACUCUGCCACCGAAAAGUGAUAAAUUCACCUCGAUUGCAGAUGAAGUUCCAAAAAAAAUUGAGUUCAGAACUAUUCAAAAAACCAAUGGUCAAACCUCGCACUUCGAUGUGUAUAUCCAUCUGGCGUACGCAAGGAGUGUGGAUAGGAAUUGGAUUUGUGCAGCUUGGUCUAACUCAAAUGGUAGCGAAAAUGGCGUAAAAACGUGGUACAUUGGAAACUCAAAAAACGCGUUCGAGGACGCUUGCAAUCGAAUGUGGAGAAUUACUCUGAAGUUCGCGUCUAACAAGUACGGCAGAGUUUGUCUUGUGUUAUCCAGAUUCGAUAGCGUUUUACCAGAUGACGAACUCAUGCAUUGGAGAAGGUUGUCCUCAACCUCCAGAAACUUGCAUUUAGCUGUUGUGUGUGUGGGCGAUAACACAAAAGUGUCUCUGUAUGACGAAGACAGGAUUUAUCCUUCGUUUAAACCAAUUUUUAGAGACGGCAGGCUGUCUCAAAAAAUCGACACCUCAAACCUAGACAACUAUGAAAUCGUUGACAUAGGCAGUGAGAUUCACGGCAUCGUCUUCCGGAGCCCCCUUCAUCUAGCAAAUUCCCAACACCGCUGCGCAAUAAAUACAGGUGCUCUCGUAAGGUUCAAAGCCGCAGAUUGUGACGAAAUUCUGGACAAAAUGGAAGUCAACCUGCUGAACUGUCCGCACUCUGAUAGCACGAAGCUAUUGAAAAUUAUAUUACAAGAGUUUAGAAACCUUGCAUCCUUAAACCCAUGGUUCGGAAUCUCAAAGUCUAAGGACGCUUUUGUGCCUUGGCAUGUGCUUGCGGUCAAGAAGAUGCUCAGAACUAUGGUGCACUUAAAGGUCAAGGACAAUCCAUAG